AUGCGUGCUGGCACACGGCGGACCCUGCAGCUGCUCCAGCGCCGCUUUGACCAGCUCCGGCGCCUUCAGGUCCGCCUUCGCCUGCCCGCCGCAAACUAUUUCGAGGCCUUCGGGGCAAGGUACUUCUUGCCGUUGCGUGCGAAGCAAGCCAAGCCAUGUAAGCAUGUGCCAGUGCGAGUCCGUGAGUAUCUGGCUGGCUUCUUUGACGGUGAUGGCUGUGUCCAAGCGAGCGGUGGUCGUCCCAUGCUCACCGUCCGUCAAACGCAGUCUUCCAGCAACGUGCUGCUGUUCAUCAGAAAUGUAUUGGGCGGUGGAGUCGGUAGACAGACCGCCACCGUGGGUUUGUGCAGACCAACCCUGCAAUGGUAUAUAUGUGGGGAAAAAGCUCGGCGUGCAGCGGCUCUUUUGCUCGGUAGCUCUUCCUGCAAGCAUUCCCAACUGGCCAUUGCCAGCGAGUGGCGGCGGCACCUCCAGUUGCAAACUUGCGCCCUUGCCGAUUUGAAGAGGUUGAAGAGAGAAGAGCACCCACCAGCUUCAUGCCCCUCCUGGAACUACCUGGCAGGAUUCUUCGAUGCCGAGGGCUGUAUUAUGGCGAGGCGACCUGCGUACUUGAGCUUGGAAAUCUGGCAGAAGCAUCCGCAAGUCCUCCAAGCCAUCAAGGCCUUCUUGGCAGCACGUGGCGUGCAUGGCUCAAUAUAUACAGAUGGAAGGAUGUCGCAUUAUAGGCUGCACAUUACUCGAACUGCAGAUUGCAAGUACGUACUUGCAAGCCUGGUUGCUGCAGGUUUGCGGACAAAACGCAAUGCAGCGCGGAUUGCCAUGAGCAUCUGUAGACAGAACUUCCUCGAGGCCCGGCGUAACCUUCAAGCAGAGUCUGGAAAUCAAGCUCGCUACCGACGGUUGAGCUCCCUUGGCCUGGCAAGGGCGCAGGAGAUCGAAAGAUUGCGGCAAAAGUUGGGGAGAGCCGAAGGCCAGCAGCAUGCUCAGCUGGAGUCUCAGCUACUGGCGCUGAGAGAAGACCACGCAGUGAAACGUGCACAGGAGCGGCUCUUUCUUCUCAGAUCUGACAUACGAUCCCUUCUUGCUGAAGGAGCUUGCCGUGCCUGA